CAUAAAGUAUAACCAUAUCCAAAACUAGAGAAAACUCUAAACAUAAAGUAGAACCAUAUCCAAAACUACACCUCAACACCAAAACCUAUUCUAUACUAAAACAUCGUAUUCGUCUGCAAUUGGCCAUUUCCAACCAAAAAUAAAACAGGGGACCUUAAGCAAGAUCAGAGUCUAACAGAAAAUUAAGCAAAACCGUAGUGGGGAGUUAGAGAUUAACCAACGAGAAACCCACCGCGCUCUGCCCCGCCGCAGUGACACCGCCGACACCCGCAUCCCACCCUCCUGUCGCGUCCGCUGUCUCCAAACCAGUCGAUCGGUAAAUUCGGGAUUCAGGUUUCACAUUUAUUCUCUUCAUAUUUCAGAUUUCAGUGUUUAAUUGUUGAUAUGAUGUGGAAAUUUGAAUGUUUGAUUAGUUUUUUUUUCUAUACUCUAAAGAACAAAAAAAACACUGUUUUACAUACCAGAAACCUGCCUACAACUCAACCUAUCUCGAACCAAAUGCAUUCGCUUAAGUUUAGAAUUUACAGAAUUUUUUAGUAUCCUUCUUGUUGCAGAUUAAGUUCUCCAGGUCAAGCCCUCAUUUUUUCUUUGGUUUAUGAACCUACUUGCAGUUUACAACAGGAAGUUUUGUAUACUCAGGGGGAUAGCCCACAACAAAUUCCUACAUAUACUCUAACACUAUGUUUGGUUCAAAGGAAUUUGAAAGGGGAAAGAAAAGAAAAUGAAGUGGAAAGCACUUUUUCUUGUUUGGUUAGAGAGAAAAAAAAGGAAAAGUGGAAGGAAAAAAAGAGAAGGCAAAAUGUAAUAAGUGAAGGGAAAACCAAAUUUCUCCCAUUUUGGUGAGGAAAUUGAGAGAUAGUUGUUUUCUUUUCUUUUCCUUCCAAAUUCCUUGAACCAAACAUAGUGUAAAUUUUCUUCAUCACUUUAUUAGGGAUGAUGAAAAGCCUGCACCCAAGGGAAAUAACACCAAACAGAACAUAGUUUAUAAGUUUACAUCUACUAGCAUAGGAUAGAUGUCUUGUAGUCCCGACUGUAUGUAAUCUUAGAUGUAAGCUUAUUCACCAGACUUUCAGGCUUUGCUCAAUGUUGUAUUGGGCUGAAAUUUCUGAAUUGAUGAAUGAUGAUCUUCAAUGGUCAAUGUGCAAAGAUUUAGUUAUAUUUCACUACGAUUAAUUUGACAAGAGACACAUUUGGCAACUCAUAUUGGUAUAUGAUGGCUAUUGGACUUGUAGUUUUUACUGUUGGGGGAGCUUCAAACUUGCAUUUGCUCUGAAAAUAUAUAUAUGCCAUUAUGCCGAUACUCUUAGCUGUAUUUUUGAAAAAAUAAACAUGUAAAUCACAAACAUAUCUGUUUUCAGUAUGUAUAAAACAUAUAAGUAGCAGUGAUUUUAAAAAUAUGAUCCAUAUUAUUUGCAAAUGUAUGAAUGCCAUAUUAAACAGUAUCCAACUAAGCUAAAAAAGCUCAGAAUUCAGUCGUAGCUGCUACAGCUAAAUAGCCUUGAAUCACUCAUGGUGUUGGCACAGAUGAAGUCGAUGGAGCAAUUGUUCUUCUACUGACCGCAAAUAACUCCCUGUGAUCAUAUUGCAUUCAUUUCGCUUUCAAGUUUACAUAUCUGAAAGACUCUUGUCUAUGUAUUCUAGUUAACUAAGGCUUCGCUGAUUUUUACAAGAAAUUUUGCUAUUAAAAUUCAAAUGGCUGAGGUAAACCAUCCUGAAGAAUAUCGUGUAGCACCAAAUUUCCAAAUCAGGGCAUUCUUUGACUCAGCUCCUCCAAUUCUUGAUGCUGCCGAUACCAAGGCAAAGUUGAAUGAAUUUAUUCACAGGAAUUAUUUAGCUGCAGGAAAUGAUGACAAAGCAAGCAGGAUAGUGUGUGUUACUUCUGGUGGUACUAGUGUACCAUUAGAGAGGAGGUGUGUUCGAUAUAUUGAUAAUUUCAGCUCAGGCCACAGAGGAGCUGCUUCCACUGAAUACUUUUUGAAGUCUGGUUAUUCUGUCAUAUUUCUCUACCGAAGGGGAACCUGCCAGCCAUUCUGUAGAGAUCUUCCAGAUAAUGCAUUGAUUGAGUGCUUAAAAUAUAAUGAUGCAUCUAGCCUUCAAGUGGAUCAUAAAUGUGCUGAGGUGGUGAGAAGAGCAAUUACUGAACAUCAGGCGGCUGUGGCUGGGGGCUCUCUGAUCAAACUCCCGUUCACAACAAUCUUUGAAUAUCUGCAGAUGUUGAAGCUGAUUGCUGAGUUGCUCAGAAGCAUUGGUCCAAGUGCUAUGUUUUAUCUUGCUGCUGCCGUUUCUGACUUUUAUGUUCCUUGGGAAAGCAUGACUGUUCACAAGAUCCAGUCUGGAGCAGGUCCAUUGGACAUGCAGCUCGCUCAAGUGCCGAAGAUGCUUUCUGUGCUCAGAAGUGAGUGGGCGCCUAUGGCUUUUUGCAUUUCAUUUAAGCUAGAAACUGAUAAAGAUAUCCUAUUGGAGAAGGCUGAUAUGGCUCUUAGGAAGUAUGGAAUGCAUAUGGUUGUAGCUAAUGAGCUCUUAACCCGAAAAGAAGAAGUCACGGUUGUGGCACCAAAUGAGAAGAUUAUUGUUAAGAGGGACGAAUCCCAAGUUGGGGCUGAUGUAGAAAACCCUCUGAUCAACCUCAUUGUGGAAAGGCAUUCAGAGUAUAUAUGCAGAUUGAACCAAUUUGCCUGCAAGUAAACAUUCUGGGCUACAUCUCUUUUUUUGACAGGUGCUUUUCUUCAUCAACCGAUCUUGACAAAAAACGUACCAACAUUUCCUUUUUGUUACCACUUUUAUUUAUUUCUAAACAAACUGCAGAAAUGACAUAAAUAAAACUAAUGGUAAAUUAAAAUAACUGAUGAACUAGACGAUAAACUUAACAUUUGUUACAAAGUAGUGGAGUUUAAUAUGGAUGAUGUGAUUCUUUUAUGGAUAAUGUAUGUUCUUUAUAUGUGUAAUAUAUUGGCUUGCAUGAA